AUGCGAAAUUUUGCGAAACAGGCGGCUUCAACUUUUCAUCUGCGACCUGGCGAAGUUUUCUGUAAUAAAGAGGAAACAGACUUUGACAAAGUAGCUCUCUCAAUCUCCUCCCGUCUUCCUCCCCAAAACUCUCCCCCAAAACUCGUCGGGGAAGGAUUCGACACCCUUUGCUACAAAUUUGGCGAUAGAGCGAUAAAAAUUCUCAAAGCCGGAAAAUAUGACGAGCGCUCUUAUAAAAUUCGAAAGGCAGUUCUCGAGGAUCAGCUUGGUCGAAGACUUUAUGAAUAUUCGAAUAGAAAUUUUUAUCCUGAAGGAAAAUGCUUUGUGCCGGUCGAAAUCGAGAAUUUUCUAGAGGGAGAAUCAGUCCCAAAAGGGGUUCAUACAAAAGAACGGCUCGACAAAAUCGCAAGGCAAAUGGCCCUCAUCCACCAGUCAACCCCCGUAGAACUCGAUAAAUCCCGCUGGGAAGCUCUCUCAAAAAUCACUGGAACCAACAUCAAUUGCCCCUAUUUCCGGGCUCAUCUUGAACACCCCGACUUCAACCCCUCCUGGCAAUUUCUAGAGAAAACUGUGAACAUCCAAAAAGAAGAAACGAUCGAAAAAUUGCUGAAAAUUCUUGAAGAUGUGGACCAAAAUGACAUUUGCUUCUGCCAUAAUGACAUUUGGGGCGAUAAUUUGAUUCAAAAAGGGGAUGAGCUGUAUGUUAUUGACUUUGGAGAUGCCGAUUGGGGAUUCCGAGCUUGGGAUCUUUGCUAUUUUCUUCUUCAUAAUCAGUCUUUGGAUGAACCGGAAGAAAGUAAUUAUUUCUUACGCAAGUACUCAUCCUACAUCAACACAUCCGAUCCAAUCGCUUUCUUCGAUCAGAUACGUGCUCAAGUAAAUGUAUUUGCUCCUUAUCUUCUCAUAGAGCAAAUUCUCUUUUGUUACAUUUACCAUCACGAGGAUCGAGGCUGA